GAGGUCAGCUGGAGGAGCGGGAGCAGAACCGGCAACCACCGGAGGAACCGACCGGAGGAACCGACCGGAGGACAGCUCCACACACACCGCUCCAGCAGGAUGGGGACGUGGACCAAGGACCUGCCGAGACAUGGAUAGACCCCCACGAUGACACAUGAGACCCUCACGUGCUCGCAGCUGUCGGUCAAGGCCGCUGCUCUGCGCAUGGUGAACCUACCGAUGUCCGUCUGCAGCUCCCUGGCUCAGGUGAGUGUCAGCACAGGAACUAAGAAGCUGGUGGCCGCCACUGCGUUCGGUGCCUUCUCGCUCCUCUUCCUCGCACGCCGCUUCCAGAGGAGGAAGGGUAAAAAGAAGGCUCUCUCGCCUGAGUGGGAGAAAGCUGGGUUCGAGUUCUUCGCCCCCGUGGCGACAGGGAACGAUAACACCAGUCAGAACAUCACCCUCUCCCUCAACUCCAAGAAUGCCUACUCCUCUGGUCUGGUGCUCGGCAGCGGGGACUACAGGAAGCUGUCGGGGUCGCUGCUCAGCUUGGCCUCGGUUAAAAGCAUGAACUCGUCGAGCAGCAGCACCUGUGCAAAUGAAUCCAUCGGUUGGGACCGAGUUGCAGACGCCGAAAUCUGCAGUAUCGUCAACUUACCCCUCACCACCCCUGAGAACCUCUACCUCAUGGGUAUGGAUUUGUUUGAAGAGGCUCUGGGCCGGUGGGAGGAAGCGUUGACGUUCAGGACCCGGCAGACCGAGGACGAGGACGACCACGAGAGUUGUGCUUCUGUCAAAGCCGGAGCUGGAGACGACAUCGCCGAGCAGAGCAUGGAGGAUGUGAUCAGCACAGAGUUCGUCCACCGGCUGAAGUCUCUGCUGCAGAGAGCCUACAACCUCCAGGAGGAGUUUGAGGGAGUGUUGGUGAUGUCCGAGCCGUCGAUCCACAACAGCAGCCACGAUAAAAUGGCCGACAUCUUGUGCCGAGAGGAGCUGGACGAGGUGUGUCUCAGAGACAGCAUCAGCAUCGCCUCCAACGACUCCUUUGUCUCUGCUGUGGAGCUGACGGAGCACCGGGAGCUGAGGAGCGUCCUGGCUCUGGGACGCCACUCCUUCUACGACGAGGCUCUGCAGCUGGCUGAGGACGGACAGAUCUCCUGCAGAGUGCUGCGGACUGAGAUGCUGGAGUGUCUCGGGGACACAGAUUUCUUGGCGAAGUUGCACUGUGUGCGGCAGGCGUCUCAGCUCAUUUUGUGCGAGAGGAAGACGAGGAUGUUCCUGACCGACACAGGAAAGAAGAUCCUGUCGUCUAUUAUCGUUAAAGCACACAAGAGCCCGAGGAGAUUCGAGGAAGUGUUUGAAGAGAUGAUUUGCUUCCUGGAGCAUCCGGAGCACUGGGAGAACACGGAGCUGGAGCUGGCCACAAGAGGAGUGAAGCACUUGAACUUCUACGAUAUCGUGCUGGACUUCAUCCUGAUGGAUUCGUUUGAGGACCUGGAGAAUCCACCGGUCUCCAUCCAGAACGUUGUCAACAACCGCUGGCUCAACAGCUCCUUCAAGGAAACCGCGGUGGCAUCCAGCUGUUGGUCAGUGCUGAAGCAGAAGAGGCAGCACAUGAAGGUUCCCGACGGCUUCAUCGCUCAUUUCUACGCGGUGUGUGAGCAGAUCAGCCCGGUCCUGGCCUGGGGCUUCCUGGGGCCCAAGAGCUCCCUGCACGACUUCUGCUUGUUCUUCAAGGACCAGGUGCUGCACUUCCUGAAGGACAUCUUCGACCUGGACAACGUGCGUUACUCGUCGGUGGAGACUCUGGCCGAGGACAUGCUCCACCUGCUGCACCGCCGCUCCGAGCUGCUGCUCGCCUACCUGGGCGCCGAGCCGCUGCGGCACGCCAGCGGCUGCAGCUCCCCUCAGGUGCAGCUGCUGCCCAGCGCCCUGCUGGGGGCGGGGGUGCAGUGAGAGACGGGAGGAGGUUCAGACGCAGGUCCUCAAAGAACACACAAGAAAACCACAGCAUUGACGAGUCCCAGUCGGAAGAGAGCAAACUGUCGGUGUGGAAACUAACACGUCAGAGGGUCAGAGCUCGACCUCUGACCUCACCUCCAUCCAUCUGCUGAAACUGAAUAUCUACUGCGGAAUAUAAAUGCUAAACCCAUUUCCCAUCAAACCUUGUGCUCUCAUCGCUCUGCAUCUGAGGAUCUUCAUAAACUGAACAAGCCGUCGGCCUUCACACAUGACCAUUACCUCUUUCCCCCCCCCCAGCCCCUCUCCACUGUGCACAUCAGUUUUAAAUAUCACAGCAAUAAUAUUUAGAAGUUAAACUCGGCAGCGGUUCUCCUGCAGUAGAUAUAUUACUCUGUGAAUUAAAGUGUAUUUGCUGCUAUUAAGAGCAAUUUAUGUGAAAAAAUAAAAAGGUAUUUAUUUUGUUAAGCAGCUAAAUGACGCAGGGUUUAUUUUGUAGUAGUUGUAGUAGAGCCUGUACGCGUCCAUGGAGUUUGUGAUCAGCUUCAGACAUGCAGUGGUUUGAACAUCACGGCUGAAUCUCAUGAGAUAUUUAUUAGAUGCAUUUCCACAUCAGACCUAACAUCAGCAAAUAGAAAACACUAAAUCCACUUAUCGUAUUUUUGUUACUAGCACAUGCUGCCCAGGGAAGUUUCUUAUAAAGGGAAACAGUUUGAGUGUCGACCAGAGAACUUUGUCGGAAAUGAUGGGAUAUUUUUUUGUUGCACCACCUGAAUGAGUCCCGGCACAUGCAGCCUCCCAGGACCAUGAUCCAUCAGCUUCAACAUCACUGUUUCAUAACCGUCCAGCUGUUUAUCAGCCUCUGUCCCUCAGCUCCUCACGACGGGCAAACACACAAGAAGCCUUACUGUCACAUGUUCAAGCCUUCAUCCGUCACUGAAUGUUCGUCUGACAAGUUUAUUCUCCAGUAAUAGUGUCUGCUCUGCUGUUCAUUCACUGCCAUGAACAGAGUCACUGCAGGAAUAGAUGUGCCGAUUCUAAAAUGCUGCACAUUGGAAGACGAUGUAAAACUUUCAGAGGUGAAGGACGACCCUCGUGUGGUUGACGCUGUCAUCAGCUCUUUCUGCAGAGAUGGACUGAACCUGACUUAAACACACACACACUGACAGUUUAACUCUAACGGGUAACUUACUAAAGGGAUCAGUUCCAGUCCUGCCCCUCUAAAAAAAAAUGGCUAUAAAAAUCUGGAUCAGACAAAGUCGAGUGUUUUCAGUUGAGAAUUCUUUGUUUCUAUGGCCAGAUGAAAUAAUCUCACGUUUCAGAUUUAUGUGAAUAUUGUUUUGUUGAUCUUUAAUGAUGGGAACUGAAUCUCUUAAAGACUAUUUGCUGAAACUUGAUUGUAGCAAACAAACAAAACUAUCAUAAGUGGAAUUCAUUUCAUCAUUUCGAUAUUGUCCUGAGCCUGCAGAGACUAAAUUUAAGAUUUGGACCUUUACGAAAUGCAAUUUAAUAGUCAUACAGCCACAGACUAAUAGAAAAAACCCUUUGCACAACCAUGGGACUGUCUUGUUUAACUGUGGAAUGUGCUGAACAUUCAAACUGCAGCUCAGUGAAACCUCACGAGGCUUCACUUUGGGAGAGACUAGCCUCUUUAAUUUCUGAAUACUUAAUUGAUCCCGUGUGUAAUUGGAAACACGAGUCAGUGUCUAUGUGAGUGAUUUGAAACAGGUCGUCCUUCAUCUUGUCAGGAAAUGAAUUGAAACAUUUGUGACUUCACCUCAAACAAAAGAAUCUAAUAAAGAUGUUCAUGUGUUAAA